UGGUGUAUGUGUUUAGAUGACCUAUCUAUUUGAUAUAAAUAGUUCUUCGGAUGGGUCGUGCUUAUACAUUUAGGAGUUUACUUUAUAUAAAUACUGUCCUAAUCUGCUUUACCACCUUCUAUAUUUUCUGUAUUUCAUCUCUCUUUCUCAACACAUAAGACACAUAAAAAUCAAAAUGCAAUCAAUUAAAUCUAGAAACAAUAAUGAAUGUAUGUUAUCAACAUCCAGUAACAGUAGUACAAGCAGUAUCAAUAGUAGUACAGGACAAACACCUGGAAAAUUAAUGUCAAUUUCAUCGAUUAUUGCUGCCCCCAUGUUCGCUUCUACUUCAUCAUCUAAAUUAUACCAUAAGGAAGCAAUGGAACGUAGGGCAUCUGCACCAAGCCAUCCUUAUCAUCACCCUUUAAGAUAUCCUUCUCUUUUUCGCUCACCACCUACUUCGCCAGAAGAUAAAUUAUUUGAAUCGUCAACACCCUCUUCACCUUCUUCCUCUGUUUCAUCUCUAUCACCUAAGAGAUCUAUGUAUCAGCAACAGCAGCAACAACAGCAACAGCAACAACAACAACAGCAACAGCAGCAUUACCAAAACCAAAGUCAGCAACAGCAAAGAAUUAAUAGUAUCAUGAUGGACGAAGAUGAAGAUGACGAGUUAUUAGAUGACCAAGAUCCAUCUCAGCCACCAUUAACACUCCAAGAACGCCGCUUACGAAACAAGGCUGCUUCAGCCAAAUACAGACAAAAGAAAAAUCAACAACAAAACGAAAUGAGAUCUAUGAUUGGUAGACUAUCUGAACAAAAUGCUGUACUCGAGCGCCAGUUACAGGAGCUCCGACUUGAGAAUGAUAGAUUAAAAGCAACUACAGAUAGAUUAAGAGGAAAAAUGGUGGCCAAAAAAAUGCUCAAGAAAUGGAUUGGUAGACAAUCUGACAAUAGCAACAACAACCAGUACCAGCAACAACUAGUGUCUUACCGCAAUAGUAAUACCAAUGAUGUAAACCAUCAUCAUAAUCAUCGCAGCAGCUAUCCAUAUAGUAACCAAACUAAUCCUACUGCGAAUAGCAACAAUAGCAAUUACAACUACUCUGCAUUAUCGGUUAGUAGUAGUGAGCACGAUGACGGUAUCAAUGCAGCUGUUGGCACCACAAUUUCUAGUGACCAAGACGAGGAUGAUGAGUUAGAAAGUAUAAGUUCGGAAUAAACGGUGCCGCCCCAUAACAAUCUAUCCACAUUAUACAUACAAUUUUUUAAACAUUCACACACACACACAAUCACACAACCACACAACCACAUACACAAAUAUACACACACUGUUAUCUUUUUUAUGAUAAAAAUAAUAGAGCUUUCUUUCGGUUGUAAUUUUCAUUCUAUUCCCUCCAACCUUUCCUUUCAAAAACAUCUUUUCAUUGCCAUCUAUAUACUAUUACUUAUAAAUACUACAUUACUACAUACACAUUUUAUUCAUGUAAAAUAAAAGAUAAAACAAUCUUAUUAUUCAUAACACAA